GGUAGCCGCCGCAUUUGGAGCGAGAAGGAGGCGAUCAUCCCUUCGGCCUCUUCUCACGCAAACCCUACUCCAGCGCUGAACCUUCAUCAAUGGCCGCAUCCGCUUCCUCUUCCAUCUAUUCACCCCUCCAAUCUCCCGCAAGGCCUACGCGCGGCCUCAGCACCGUUUGUUUCCCCGGCGCCUCCUCCGUUUCCCUUCGCCGGCGCGGCCUGCGCUACCCCUUCCUUGUUCGGAUCGGUUUCUGCUGUGCGUCGUCUGAUAAAAUCCUGACAAGGGUGUCCGCUAGGUCAGUUCCGGUGAUGGAUCCGACGAAACGAGAGGUAGCGCCGAAGGUUUCUACCGUUGUGGAUGUCGAUCUCGGAAACCGAAGCUACCCGAUUUACAUCGGUUCGGGACUACUCGAUGUCCCCGAUCUGCUCCAGAGGCAUGUGGAUGGAAAGAGGGUGCUUGUUGUGACGAAUACCACGGUUGCUCCUCUGUACCUCGAUAGAGUUGUCGAGGCUUUGACACGGGGGAAUCCUCAUGUUUCUGUGGACAGCGUGAUCAUACCUGACGGGGAAAAGUACAAAAACAUGGAAACGUUGAUGAAAAUAUUUGAUAAGGCAAUAGAAUCUAAGAUGGACCGUCGCUGCACAUUUGUGGCUCUUGGUGGGGGAGUGAUCGGUGACAUGUGCGGAUUUGCAGCUGCUUCUUAUGUCCGUGGUGUUAACUUUAUUCAGAUUCCCACGACUUUGAUGUCUCAGGUGGACUCUUCUGUUGGUGGGAAGACUGGCAUAAAUCAUCCACUGGCCAAGAACAUGAUUGGGGCAUUCUACCAACCACAAUGUGUUCUUAUAGAUACUGAUACUCUAAACACGCUACCAGAUAGAGAACUAGCUUCUGGUAUAGGCGAAGUUAUCAAAUAUGGGCUUAUCAGGGAUGCAAAGUUCUUUGAGUGGCAAGAGAAGAACAUAAAGGCACUUUUGGCAAGGGAUUCAAGUGCCUUAGCAUAUGCUAUCAAGCGCUCAUGUGAAAACAAAGCUGAAGUUGUCUCCUUAGAUGAGAAGGAAAGUGGACUAAGGGCUACCUUGAACUUGGGUCAUACAUUUGGCCAUGCUAUAGAAUCAGGCUUUGGGUAUGGGCAGUGGCUCCAUGGAGAAGCCGUCGCAGCUGGCAUGGUUAUGGCAGUCGACAUGUCGUAUCGCCUCGGCUGGAUCGACAACAGCAUUGUAGAGAGAGUCCACAACAUCUUGCAGCAGGCCAAACUCCCGACCACUCCUCCUGAGAUGAUGACCGUGGAUCUGUUCAAAACCGCCAUGGCGGUUGAUAAAAAAGUAGCAGAUGGUGUUCUACGGCUCAUCCUCCUUAAAGGUCCUCUUGGCAGCUGUGUUUUCACAGGGGACUAUGACAGUAAAGCACUGGAUGAAACUCUCCAAGCCUUCUGCAAAAGCUGACAAAAUCUUUCCCACCUUUUUGUACCAUAAUGUUGUAGUAAUCUUUGCACUCUCUUUGUAUGUUGUUGUAAUUGUUUGAAAUUCUUUGCUGCUUUGUUGAGUUAUAUUGCUGAAGCAUGUAGAAUAAACACGUGAUAAUUGUAAUAUGUAUGAUUUGAACC